CAAUUUACGAUUUAUCCUUUCGCAUUUUGCUCAUCUUUCUUUCGGCCUUCUCUCAACUCCAUCUCCAUUUUAUGACAUCUCUUGGUCAGAUUCAUCCACUAAAACCACUUACAAGACGUCGUCGAGUCGUUGGCAGGCGCCUAGGUAGUUGUCAGAGGCGACCCCUCCAUCAAUCAAUCACCCCACCUUGAGAGCCUGAGCUCAAGCCCAAGGGUAAUUAAUUUCACCCUCCAUCUUUUCUCGCUGAGGAACGCAGCCUUAGCCACUUUAUGCUUUAACGCUGAAACUCAAAGGCGCCCACAGCUCGCGUCAAUAUCACGUUAAAGGGAGCCCAAGGCGAAGGCCCUCUACCUCGAGUCUUGGAUCACUGAUUAUCGUGCGUGUCGAGGGUCACAGAUCCACGGACGUUGGAUUUCCGAGUAUCUGAUCAGUCACAGUUAUACGACUGCACCAACCAAAGUCAUCAGGUCAUCAAUAAGAAGCAAAAGAGGCAAAGCAAAGCAAAGCAAAGCAAAGCAAAUCAAGCAAGCAAACACCAAAUUUGUCCCUUAUUAUUUCCAGCCGGCAACUACUAUUUUUCUCCCAUCUCACCAGCCUCUCUCUCAAACUAAAACUUACACAAAUCGCUUCCACAACGUUCGAUCCACUCGAGGGAACAUUGUCCAGCCCACUCUCAGGCUACUGUACUUCGCCCCCUGGCGUGUACUCCGUACCUCACAUUCGCGCUCGUUCGUUCGUUCGUUCUCUCGCUCGCUCGCAGCCCAAUCUUUGUGUGUGUGUGCGUGUGCAACCCCAGGCAUUCGCUGUAAGGUACCCUACCUUUACCUCGGAGGGUCCAGCCAGGUUCAGGUCCCUCCCUCUCUCCCUCUCCCCCUCCACUUCAACGGCGCUGCUUCUGCAACCGCUACAACUUGACUUGGGGUCUGUCCGUCCUGCACCUCGCUGCCUUGCCCGUGCCCGGUCUAGCGGUUAAUAGAGAGAGGUACUGCCACUGUAAGGUGUAGCGUACUUGUCUGUACCUUGCCUUGCCUUGCCUUGCCUGGCCUUACACCAAACAUCGGAUUGGAUCGAAAUAAGGUAGCCCAGCCCGCCGCUGUGUCCCGCCGGGUCGUGUCGUCGUCCCUCGUCUCGUACAUACUUUUAGUACCGUACCUUGCUCAGGUCGUCUCGUCUUGCGAUCCCUUUCCUAACAACCUCCACCUUCGAGCGAUUCACAACUUCCCAACUUGCAACUGCCCAGGAGGCAUUCAGUUACACAAAAAUGAAGGCUCUUCGACGUUCGAUCAAAGGUGACAAGGACAAAGGAUCCGUCGCUCCCAAAUCGGCUGUCGCCAUUGUUCCUCCAAAGAAGGUCAUUCGAGCUCUUUACGAUUACGAGGCACGAUCGAGCCAAGAACUGAGCUUUUCGAGAGGCGACUUUUUCCACGUUAUAGGCCGCGAAAACGAUCAAGACUGGUACGAAGCAUGUAACCCAGCUCUCCCUGACGCCCGGGGUCUCGUCCCUGUCACCUUCUUCCAAGCGCUUGGCCGAACCGAGAGAGAUAGCGCACAGUCCGACGGCGGCCAACUCCCCACUCCGACCAAGAACCCCGACCACGAUUCUGGUUACAGCGAAUCUCCAGCAAUGCAAACUGCGCCAGCCGUCAUGUCACCCACUACAGCCGUGCCUCAGCAAGGCCACCAGCGUAAUUCGAAGUCGGUUGGAAAGUCAGGCGCCAUGGUCUACGGAAUUGUCAUGUACGACUUUGCCGCUGAGAGAGCAGACGAGUUGGAGGCCAAAGCUGGCGAGGCUAUCAUCGUCAUCGCGCAAUCGAACCCCGAGUGGUUUGUGGCCAAGCCCAUCGGUCGAUUGGGUGGCCCAGGGCUCAUCCCCGUUUCCUUUGUCGAGAUUCGUGAUAUGGCAAGCGAUAAGGCAAUUGCGAACCCGGGUGACGCCAUAAAGCGUGCCGGUGUUCCAAAGGUUGAAGAAUGGAAGAAGAUGGCGGCGGAAUACAAGAACAGCAGCAUCACACUGGGCAAGUUUGAGGGAGGCGGUCCUCAGCAACCUGGGCAGGGUAUUGAGCAAGGCAUGGAACGAAUGAGCAUUCAGCAACAGCAGCAUUCACGACAACCUUCUCAGAAUGGAGCGCAGGCCGGAUACGCGUCUCAACCUCGAACGUCGCAACAACCUCAGCAAAAUCAUGUACAGAAACCGGCCUCACAACUCAACGCACCGCUACGAGCACGCAUACCGCGAUACUGCUUUGCAGAGGAUAAGUACUGGUUCGUGAUCGAAGCAUUGCUAGAAGACGGACGACAAUGGGAGCUGUCUCGCUAUUACGAGGACUUUUACGACUUCCAGAUCGCUCUUCUGACCGAAUUUCCAGCUGAGGCCGGUAACACAGGGACACAGAAGCGUACACUGCCAUACAUGCCUGGACCAGUCAACUAUGUCACAGAUGCAAUCACCGAAGGACGCCUCCAUAACUUGGACGCGUACGUGAAGAACAUGCUGAACCAGCCCCAUUACAUUUCGAGGUGCAACCUGGUGAGACAGUUCUUUGCACCCCGUGAAGGAGAUUACGAGAUCGAUCCAAACGACAACGAAGAGGAGUACCGCCUAUCACAAGCAUCACAGCUGUCAUCGGCCGAGUCCCCAGCUGGUGGAUCACAGAACAACUUGAACGGUAGUGCAUACGGCCUUUCAGCUGCACCGGCGCAUCAGAUGGGCCCAGGUUCCCCUGACAUCCAAAGACAGCCAUCUUCUUUGUCACAGCCCUCACAAACAUCUCUGGGUAACGGUAUGCAACCCCAAGCUCAGCCGGCAUCAGCGAUGAAGAUCAAGAUGUAUUUCAACGGAGAUCUCAUUGCCAUCCGAGUACCAACGGACAUCUCAUUCCAAGCACUCUAUGAAAAGAUUUGUGAUCGUCUGAAGGUGCCGGCGGGUCAGGAGGUCCAACUGUUUUACAAGGACGAGCCCACUGGAGAUAAGCCAAGUAUGCUUAGUGACAACGACUUGGACUAUGCCCUGCAGCGGAACGAGAAGCUUCUGCUCUAUGUGGAGGCCGUGUGAACAGCCCUGCCCGCUCACUGGAGCCGACGACUGCGGCGUUUCAGCUUGAUUGUAACGCUGCAUGGACGGAAUUGAGUUGACAGCCAAAACCGAAAAGUCCACCAAAGAGCGUUGGGUGUACACUAACGUGUAUAUUCUCGUUCCCGAACCCUUGCCCUUACAGUACAGACUCUGGCCCUCCACUUCGAAAAAGUGCGUUUUUCUCUUCCUCGAUGGAUCUACAAUUUCUCUUUAGUCCCCAAUGGACGACACGCAUACUCACGACACUUUUUUUUCUUUACUUUUUCUUUGCCCCCCCUUUUUCUUGUCCAUUUUAUUCUACGCGGAUUUUAUGACGACACGUCGGCGAGGAACUUGAUGCUUCUUUGAUACCAUUUUAUUAGCUGGAUGACGCAUAAGUUUCAUGACCAGUGUACCUGACGCUCGUUGUCUCUUCUUUGGGCAUUUAUCAUUCCCCCCUAUUUGCUCCUCUUUUGAAAACUUUCUUCUUCACAUCCAUGCGUAUCCAGGCGCGUAUAUGGCCUUUUGGAUGCUCUUUUGAUAUCACACGACUGAGCUUAGUGCUUUCCUUCCCUUGACUUUUUAUCUUCUUCUGUACUUCCUCACCGAAAGUGACAGGGCCUGGAGGGGCCAUUCGGCAUAUGGAGUUGAUAGUUGGUGGACGUGAUAUGCGUUGCAGUAUAGGGGAAGAAGAUGGCUGGGGAGGUUCGAUGAGGUGGCUCCAGUAAGCCGCAUUAGAAGCCUAUAGGUUCCAAAUAGUGGACGUUACUGGUGUCGCGAAAGGCUUGCAUUGCAUGGAUCCCGAGGAUCAGAGGAGGCAAGAUACAUAUGUAUCUUGGCCUUUGUGGUGGUGGAGGUGAAAGCAAAGAUGAGCGCUCAUCAUGAGCGUGAUGAAUGAAAGCGACAAUUGUGUUAUUUUGUGUAAGCGAUGCAUGUGAAUAUCAAUGUUAAUGUCAGCGGUGUUUGUAGUUCACAAAUUGCAUUUCUCUCACUUGCAGGUCAAGGUCGAAUACCUUAGAUCGGAUCAGUUUCUCAUUUCAUCGAGUUGGCCGUAAUCAGUCUUGACUCUUCCCUUCGCUACCUAGUAUCCUGUCUAUCGUGUUCUAGAAGUCUAUUACGAGUGAUGGAUCGUCAUCGUAUGCUCUUUUGUAUUCCACCAUCCGUAGAAAAACCAUG